CCCACAGCCGCUGUAGCCCGCAAACGAGCAUUUUGCUUUUAAAGCAGGUUUGCGUUUCAUGUAGUUGUAUUUCCAACACAGUGCAUACUUCUAUGGAGGAAAAUGUACAUGUAAAAUGAAACGUUCUUUAAAUUGCGACCCUUCGACAGAUCUUUCAAUCUAUGAACCAACCUUUCACUUCUCUGCAGGAUCACUUUAUGGAGAGUACCACCAUGAUUAAUCCCAGUGAACUGGAAGGGGAAGUGGAUCAUUCAUUCUUUGACAGUGAUUGUGAUGUUGCCAGUGUCAGUAGAAAUGGCAAGAAAAAGACUGAGAAAAAUCUAAAUGGCUCAGAGGAGAAGCGACCAGGUGAUGAGAAGCUUAAUGAAAAACAGCCCGACAUUACAAAAGGUGGUUUGUCCCCAAGGACUGGUGAGGAGAUAGAACAACUAAGCAACCGCAGCAAGACAGCAGAAGAAAAAGAAAAAAGCUGUCAGUCUACAGAGGAAGAAAGGAGCAGGGCGUCAAGCAUAUCCUCUGUUAGCAGUGCUUCAGAUAAAGUCAUCAGUGACAGCAGUGAUAGUGAGGAAGACAUUAAUCUGCUCUCUAAAAGGCCAAAUGGAACAUUUAUGUCUUUAUUGGCUGAGGACAGAGAGGUUGAUUGUAAUGAUGUACACAAACAGAGUCUAAAUGAGACUGAAGAAGAAACAUUUUCAUCCACUGCCAAAUCUUCAGGCUCAAAAGGGAGAAGUAAACAAUCUCCUAAGAGAAGAAUAAGAAAUCGACGUAUCAGAAGUCCAUCCCCGACUUCUACUGAGGCCAGCGUUGAUGCAGACUCGGAGAGCUCAUGCAGCAGCGUUAAAGGGAGAAGAAGUUUAGAGCCCCCCACCCUUCCCAGACCAAACAAGUCUUCUUUAUCUCCAGGUGUGAGAAGGACCCGAGUGGGUUCAACAGGUUCAGCAGGAUGUCGUGAUGUGCCUGUUUACUGUACAGAGGAGUCAGAAGAUACAGUAACAGAUGUGAGCCCCCUACCCUCUUCUUACUCCAGCCCUCGGCAUUCAUUUAACCCAGACCACAAAGAUGGAAGCCUUAUAGAGCAGAAGCAGGAGGAGAGUGUGCCCUCCAGUGGCCUAAGCAAAACACAUCAAGAUGAGGAAUCAGAUCAGGACAAUGAUGACUGCUCUUUCACCUCAGAGAGUCAGCUAAGGGGUAAACUGGUCCUCCCCCGACCCGGAGGGAGAAACAGAAAGAACUACUCAUUCACCAAUGAUGAGGUUCGAUGUAUAGAUAGAGAGAACCAGCGUCUUCUUCGGGAGCUUUCCCGCCUUUCUCCAGGUCCAAGACCAGGAAGUACAGCAGGGAGGAAAAGUCACAUGACCAAUAGCUCACCACUCGUUCGCCUCUCUCACAGUGCACUCAACAGACAGCGGGAACAACAACGUAUUGAGAGGGAGAACCUGGCUUUCCUGAAGAGGCUGGAGUCUGUCAAACCUACACCUGGUCUGAGGCGGUCACAACAACUGGCAGACUACCAGCGACAAAUUGCGUACCUUGGAGGUCCUUCUUACCCCGUUUUCAUGUCCACAACAAAGAAGGAAAGGUCCACCAGUAAGACACCAUCAGUAGGUCCCAGACCGGUGAGCUCUGUCCACCACAGCUCCAGACCAGUUUCCACCACCAGUGACUCCAGACUGGUAAUCAGGUCAAAAAAAACAAGUACAGCAAGACCAGCCUGGAGUUGAGAACUCUGGCAGUGUCUGAUCUCUGAAAACCUGUUGCUGGUUCCCUUUAUAGGUAUCUUCUCUUCACAAAAGGCUCCACUUUGAAGACACAAAGCUUGAAGGAUCAUUAUAUCUUUAGCUGAAUUAAUAAACUCUUCAGCGCUUAGUAUUUGCUUGUUAACUUGUUUUGUUGCAGAAAUAUUGCAAUGAAGCCACAGCAGAAAGCCAUAUGAAUGUGUUUAAUUUGUUUAUCUGUUGUUUCUUAAUACUGCAGUAAUUACUCAGCAGUUGAAAUAUCUAACAAUUUAUUUGUAGAAUCUCUAUGAAUGAUGUUUACAUUAAACCUGCAAUUUUUCUCUCGGCCCCUUUUACCUUAUAUUUUUACUCUGUAUGAUGUGCUUCAGAGUCAUGUUUAUAAACCAAAAAAAUAAAUAUAUGAAACAUUA